AUGACAUCUGUCAUGGCUUCACGCUUUGUGUCAACAAGCUCCAAUGUCCACUCUUCUGGGGCAGCUUUGAUGGAUUCCAAAACAAAUUUGGCCCAAGUGGGGCUCAGAAAUCAAAUUGUAACCCAUCACGGGUUAAGAGCAGUAAACAAGGUGGACAUGGCGGUGCUAUCUGGAAUCAAGUCAAAGGGGAGUAGGAGCGCUCUCAAGGCAGUGACUCUCAAGCCUUCUGGUACCACAAUUUUUUGUGGAAAAGGUUCACAACUGAUCUAUGUUGCAAUAGAACAAGGUCCAUGGAGCAAAACCGGAGGGCUUGGUGACGUUAUGGGAGGAUUGCCUCCAGCUAUGGCUGCCCUUGGACACCGUGUCAUGACCAUUGUACCACGCCAUGACCAGUACAAAGAUGCUUGGGACACUUGUGUGCUUGCUCAGGUCAAAGUUGGAGACAGAGUUGAGACAGUUCGCUACUUCCACUGCUACAAGCGUGGAGUUGAUCGCGUUUUUGUGGAUCACCCCUUCUUUCUUGAGAAGGUUUGGGGUAAAACUGGAUCCAAGAUCUACGGUCCCAAGGCUGGUGAUGAUUAUGAGGACAACCAACUUAGAUUCAGCUUAUUCUGCCAAGCAGCAUUGGAAGCACCGCGGAUUUUGAACUUAAACAACAGCAAGUAUUUCUCAGGACCUUAUGGGGAGGAUGUCAUCUUCAUUGCCAACGACUGGCACUGCGCCCUUCUACCGUGCUAUCUUAAGUCCAUGUACCAAUCUAGAGGGAUAUACAUGAAUGCCAAAGUGGUUUUCUGCAUCCACAACAUUGCUUAUCAGGGCAGAUUUGCGUUUGCAGACUUCCCUCUACUAAACCUGCCUGAUAAAUUCAGGAGUUCUUUUGAUUUCAUGGAUGGCUAUGAUAAGCCUGUGAAGGGAAGGAAAAUUAACUGGAUGAAAGCUGGAAUCUUGGAGUCAGAUAGGGUAUUAACUGUGAGUCCGUACUAUGCAAAAGAACUCCUUUCCGGCGUUGAAAAAGGUGUAGAACUGCAUUCUUUCCUCCGCAUCCCCGGUGUAACUGGAAUAAUCAAUGGCAUGGACACCCAAGAGUGGAACCCAGCCACUGAUAAGUACCUAGGUGGCAUCAAUUUUGACAUUACGACUGCUGAGUAUGCUAAGCCCCUCCUGAAGGAAGCUCUGCAAGCAGCAGUUGGGUUGCCAGUUGACAGAAGUAUUCCUCUGAUUGGCUUCAUUGGUAGGCUUGAGGAGCAAAAAGGUUCGGAUAUUCUAGCUGCUGCAAUUCCCAAGUUCAUUCACAAGGAUGUUCAAAUAGUAAUCCUUGGAACUGGCAAGAAGAGUUUCGAGAAGCAGAUUGAACAGCUUGAGGUGUUGUAUCCUGACAAAGCAAGAGGUGUGGCAAAAUUCAACGUUCCAUUAGCUCACAAGAUCAUUGCCGGUGCUGAUUACAUACUAGUUCCAAGUAGAUUUGAGCCUUGUGGUCUCAUCCAAUUGCACGCCAUGCGCUACGGAACAAUACCAAUAUGUUCUUCGACCGGUGGACUUGUUGACACCGUCAAAGAAGGUUAUACAGGAUUCCACAUGGGAGAAUUCAGCGUGGAAUGUGAUGCAGUUGAUCCCGCCGACGUACUCAAGAUUGUUGCGGGUGUUACACGAGCUCUUGCCACAUAUGGUACUCUAGCCUUGAAGGAAAUGAUUAAGAAUUGCAUGUCACAGGAUCUGUCUUGGAAGGGACCUGCAAAGCAAUGGGAAACAAUGUUGCUGAGCUUAGGGGUUGCUGGCAGUGAACCCGGUGCUGCUGAUGGUGAAGAGAUUGCCCCUCUGGCUAAGGAAAACGUCGCCACACCAUGA